CUGAUUCACAGCAGCAGCAGCGUUGGCGAUCCAGCGGUCCGACAGCACAUGGAUCCGCAGUGAGAAGAGCGAGCUCUCCGGCUAGGAGGGGUGUACAAGGAGUGAGAUGGCGCUGUGUUCCGAGGCCUGUGCUUCUGGCUCAGGAGGAGACUCCUCUGGGAGUGAGGGGGGUUCAAGCUGUCUUCAGUUUGGGGUUCGUUCCUAUCUGCACCAUUUCUAUGAAGAAUGCUCUUCCUCCAUGUGGGAGAGAGACCCGGAGGAUCGGGGGUUCGUCCAGAGCCAGAGGUCAGCCCUGUGGUGGAACUCAGCAGUCUGGAAGGUGUCCUUGGUCCUGGGUGUCCUCAUUUUGACCGCAGGUAUUGCCACAUUGUCCGUCGGCUACUCCACUCCUCCCAAAAUUGAGUCGUUCGGAGAGGGAGAUCUGUUCUUCGUGGACACGCAGGCCAUCAGCUUUAACAGGGGGUUGCAUCUCAGCGCCACAGCAGGGAUUGGGCUCUCCUGCCUGGGCUCUGCCCUGGCUGCAAUGGGGAUUGUUGUUUGGAUCCUCCCCAGGGCCAACUUGAAAGAGAGGCUGUUCUACAGACCAGGGGGAGUGGAAGGGAGAGGAGAGUGGGGGUCAAAGUGGAGGGGCUUUAGGGAUCUGAGGGAUGUGGUCACUAAGCCACCUAGUUUGGAGGAGGGAAAGAUGGCCUUUACUCCGUCGAAAGUGGAAAAUGUGCAGCCCACUUCUUAAAAAAGAUCCUUGCUGAGCUAUAGGCUUUUGUUCUUGUCCUGGGGCCUUUUUUGGACAUGGUCUUACCUUCUCCUCUUACCGUUUUUGAAGGAAUUAUGUGUUGUUUUAGCUUGCAGAUUGUUCAGAUGGAGGCUGUUUUGUCACCUCAAUAUCACAGUCAGACAUAAAACACAGUUAAAGUAUUCAGACCCCCUACUGUGUGGUUGGAUUGGAUUGUCUAGUCUCUAUAGUGCUAGGGAUGUGAUUUGGAUUACAAACAACCCAAAGAAAUGAAUUAAUGAAAAAAACCUUUAAAAAAAAAAACAUACAUAGAUGAUGUCAUAUUAAAGUUAAAGAACUAAAACCCCACAUUUACAUUAAUAUUUCUAAAAGAAAAAACCCAAAAUUCACAUAUAAAAUCUAUAAAAUCUGUAUUUUUUUUUUUUUUAAGAUGGGAACAAAUGAUCUCAAAUAUCUAUUUAAUUUGGCUCUUUUAGGGAAGAGAUCCCCCCCCCUGUGGCAAAGGGUGAAACUUUGCAGUUUUGAGGGUCUGGCCAGACUGGCCUUUUCCCUUUGAGUGGCUCGAAUCUUACAAAUAUGUCAUUCACAUGGAUGCCAACAGUGUUUUGGCAUCCAAAAACAACAGUUUUUCCCAGCCUGCUUUUGUAAACAGGCUGAGGUUGCCAAACCAACAAAUCUCUACAAAUCUUUGUAAAAUUUAGAACUGAUGAAUAAAUCAUUUUUAGCCAGCUUUAUGAUUGGCCUUUUUGCAAGUGAAAUGAUUCAAUAUCAUUUUGUCAUUCAAAACAGUGCACAGGCACCACUAAUGGCUCAUUAUCUCGGUAUAGCUGUGUAUAGCCGUGCCUUUGAUUAAAGUGGAUGCUAAGAUUUAUUAGUGUUAGUGUAGAGCACAAAUAAGAAAGGGAAUAAAACACACAUCUGGGGUGAUCAGUAGACUCUCUAAAAGAUGGACGUAGCUACUGUGACCUCACCCAUCGGUCUGCGAAGUUCCAUUAAGAAGCCUUCAGAUGGGCAUGUUCGCCAUCACCACCUUGGUGUUUUGGAACUGGAUCUGCCAAGUGAGGAAUGGAUCUGACUGUGAAACUGCAUGGUAGCCAAUGAGCAUAUAUUUUAUAAUACUUUCUGAAACUAAGAAUGACCAAUAUUUGCAAAAUGGACUUAGUGCUUUAUUUAAUAUGAACCAAAACAAGUGAUUGAGCCAAUCAGGAAAGUGUUUCCAGAGUUUUCCCAUGGACCUUUAUAGGACUGUGAGACUUUUUGCAGCCACAUCUAUCACCUCCUGAUGGUGAAAAGAAUGCAGGUUUAAGGCCCUUCCAGCAAUAGCCAUGCCCAUCUUUUAUAUUGUCUAUGUACUGAACACAUCAGAGCUUCAGACAAGGUGUUAUGUAUGACCUCAUUUUCAAGAAGUCUGUAUAGUACAUUGAAGGUAUUUCAGAAAGACCGUGAGCUUAAAUACACCACAUGCUAUUAAAAGCUAAGAAAUCCUAAGUAUAAACAUAAAUGUGUCUUCUUGCCCUCUUAAGUGCUGAGCAACCAGAUCCAACAAUGUGGUGUGGCAUCUACCACCUCCGUCCUUGCUUCUCUUUCUUUAAUAUGUUCAAAACCUUUCAGAGGAGGUAAGCACCAUGAGUUGAAAAAAACUGAAGAGGUCUUUUUUUAUUUUUUUAUUUUAAUAAAUCCAAAUUAAAAUAUAUAUGGGGCCCCAAGACUUGAACCAUGAGGCGUGUAGUUCUCUCAAACACCUCGUAGUGCAGUAAAGAGACAUAGCUGUUGACCGGUAGACUGUGUUUGUGCAGUGCACUAGCGUUAAGAAAAUACACUGAGUAAUGUCAGUAUUUCUGAUAGAAAAUUGUGUUUUUUCCCCUCUUAUUUAUGUUAUUUUCUCCUAGUAUUUUGCUUUUUUUUUUUUCUUUUAAAUAGUGGUACUCGCUUUCCAAGUACUUAGUGAUGAUGGUGAUGAUAUUGUAUGAACCACGUGUGACACCUGGCUUUCCACUCAUAAAGAGAAUCAUUGACAAUUAUGUACCUACAGUCACACAUAUCUACACAUCCACUCAGCCUACUGUGUUCAACACAUGUACAGUCACACGCACUCUCACCCACACACACGCUAAUUUGUGCUCCAUUGACAGUAUCACCUCCUUUCUCCACACUGUAAUCUGGCUGCGUAAUUGCCUGCAAUCUGUGUCUCCAGGCAACAGUUGGGCUUCAAGUGCUCUAUUUUGAACUCGGAACAAAGACCCUUUUCUGAUUGGUCCUUCACUUCCUCUCUUUUUAUUUUCACACCAAUCAGAUUUUUUGUUUACAGGCAGACAGUAGCAGCGAGUGAGCGGUGAAGGGCUGAGGUGAGAGGAAUUUGCACCGGCACCUUAGAGGCCACCUGUCUGAUUAGGUCCUCGAAUUUCAUAAAACAGAGUACAAGCUAGGAAAAAAAAAAAAGAACAACCCUGAUGUCAUGAUUUAAUGGGAAUAAUUUCAAUGAGUGUUACUAUUGGUGUUUUAUUGUUUUGUUGUGUUACUGGUUAUGGUGAAGAUAAUGGAAUAAA